AUAGAGGGGGCUAAUUAAAAAAAUAAAAAUAAAUACAAAAAUAAUAGGUGUAAAAUAGUAAUAAUAUAGGUGUAUUUCAAAAACGAUUUAAACCUGUGAUUUAAACCAAGAAUUAAAAGGUGAAAAGAUUUUAUGGUGAAACAUCGCUUUCUUGUAUAAUAUUAAGCAAAAUUAAUUCUCAAAAUAUCAAUGAUUAAUAACCUAUAAGUUGAACUUUGUCAAAAAGUAAAAUGGUUUAUUUAUUAAUUAUUUCAACAGCUUUAAGUUUUUUGAGUGCCCAUCCUUCAACAAUAAGCAAUAAGUUCCUAAAAUGGAAUUCAAAGGCCACAAAAGAGGAAAGGGAGUUAUUACAACAAAGAAGUGUUUUAAUUGCAGAUCAGAGACAGCACAGUAUGGUAGAUCAAUUUGCUAAAUAUUCUAAAUUGCAAAGAAGAAUAAACGCUAUCGAUGAGAAAUUAAAGGAACAGAAAGAUCAAAAGAAUUCCCCUACAGUAUUAUAUUUCCUUUUAUCAAAAUAUGGGAUACAGAUGAUUUGUGGAUUUUGCCUGUUAAUGCUUACGCUUUACUACAGGCGCACCACCUUGUUCGUAUUGGACGAUAACAUUGAUUUAUCCCCUUUUAAUUAUUUAAUAUCAUUUCCAAAUGAAAAAAAUUGUGUUUCUUUUCAUUUUUGGGUAAUGACUUGCAACGUUGUGGCAAGGUUAAUUAAGUAAUAUAUUAUUCUCAAAGAGUCUAA